AUGACCCGACGGAAACGCACACCAGAACCAGAGCCUGCUCGCAAGCGCGUGGCCUUUGCAGCGGGCACAGCAUCAUCUUCUUUCCGCAUACCUGCUUCGCUACAGCAACUCUCUGCGCUGUCAGCGACGCUUGCGCGCUCUACGGAUGCGCCGCGUGAGCUGGGAAGCUCGGAGAUCGUAGCAAAGGCUCAAGCGCUUGCUGGCGCACAUGCACCGACGAAGGUUGGCGUGGGGCAGAAUGGACGACAGCAGCACAAUGGUGUCCAACAACCGGACUCAGUUGCUGGUGCCAAAGAGCUGAAGUGGAGGAGUAUGCAGCAGGAAUUCCCGGAGGAGCAGACGUGGGUGAAGAGUGUCGCCAACUACUCGACUCAGGGUCAGGCUCGCGCGUUGGUGAAGAAGUAUGCUGGUGUACCGACUGACCAACAAAAUCUGGCCAUGCGCUAUGAUGCCAUUAAUGGUGGUAUCAUCUCUGGAGGAUCAGGAGGCACAGUACAAUAUCCACAUGCGCAGACGCCUACACAGCCAACGAGCAGUCCUCUAACGCCGAGCUAUCGCAUCGAGCCGGAUGGGAAGAUCAUCUUGCUGGACACACCGGACAAUCGCAAUGUCAGCCCUGUCCUCCCGACACCUGUGAACGCGCAGGACGACGAGAACGGCAAGAAGCGCAAGUACACGCAGUUCGUCGACAGACAUCAGUACAGCUUUCCUGUGCAACAGGUAUGGGUGCAACCUCAACUCGAUAGGCUAGGUGUUCGAGUCACGCCCGACACUUCGGACACCAGUUCUCGACGGAAGGAAGGGUUACGAAUCGCUAGUGACGAUCCGGAGAUCGAGGCGCGCCGAAGAGCUCUAGAGCAUGAGCUAGUACGAGGAGGCUUGGCUAACGGUGCCUCGCCGUCGCAACACAUACACAACACUCCACCUCCGAGUGCUCCCAGAGUCACCUACAGCUUGCCCCAGAAAGCGGCGCUUGCUGCGGCACAAGUAGGUGGACAUCUGCCAGCACAGGUCGGUCCUCCGAGAAUGCCGACUCCCGAGAGCCUUGAGUAUGAUAAACACCAAGCAGAGAUCGCGGCGUUGAUCGCUAGGAAGCGAGCAGAAAAUGCUGCAUCUGGUCAGAUGGCUCGCCUGCUGGAUUUGAAGAGCGCACAUCAGCAGAAAGUGGCUUCGGCUGGCGGAGUCGCGUCACGCGUGUGGUCUUAUCCUCAGCAGCCAGUAUUCCGUCCACCAGCGGUCCCGACUCCCGUGGCGGCUCGGGUUGCUUCUGCGGCUACUUCGGCGAGGCCUGUGAUGGGUCAACAGACCGGCCUGGCAGACGGGACAAACGACGGUCGAAUUGACAACUCGAACGAAUCCGACGAGGACGCACCUGGCGAGGACGACGAGCCGGACACAUCAGGGGUAGAUGGCAAUGAUGCAAGCAAUGGCAUCCCGAAUGGCGGUGUUGACACUGUUACAAACACGACGCAGCAUCUAAGCACUGAUCCGGGCGACCUGGCCAGCUUGUUCUCCUCGAGAGAUCCGUCGCCGCCUGUAGCGCAACAACAGCCGUCAAGCUACGGCUACGACGGUCCCUCGGACGGCAUACGGAACAAGGCCGACGCGAGCACCACAAACGGGCUACCACAAAGCCAGCGAGCAGCAGAAGAGCAAGACGCAGCAAUAUCCCCCUCGGCACAACUGCUAAUAGCGUUGGCAAACGCCACACCGGCAUCGAGCUGGAAUUCAUCCGAUACUACAACUGGGGCUGUUCCUGCUUCUACACCGCCCACGACGUCCACGAAGGGAUCUGCACAUACGAAUUUCAACGUGUCCGGCAUGCGCGUGGGCAAGCUUGGACCAAGAUUGCGAACGCUCUAUGGUGCUGGCCCUCUGCGGUAG